UCUCGAAAUAAAUAUCAAACGAUUAGAUAUUUUUUUUAUCCAAGAAGAAGCUUCGUCUCCAAAUUUGAUUUUCCUUCGGUCGGGGGUUUAGCAGUGAAGUAGCGAAAAUGGCGUCUACAGUAUUUCUAUCCACUUUCUCGUCUGCUCACCUCUCUUCUUCUUUCGCCGGCGACUACGUAGCGUCGUCGAGGUGCUUUAUCGGAGCUCCCGUCGCUUCCUCCUCUUCUCUAUCGCUGCUCUCCGGUAAGAAGAACUCAUAUCCUUUUAGAAAGUUCCAUGUCUCUGCCAAGAAAGUCUCUGGAUUGGAAGAAGCCAUUAGAAUCAGAAGGAUGAGAGAAGCUGAAGCUACUUCAAAGGUUAAGAGAAACCCACCGUUAAGACGAGGGAGAGUCUCACCUCGUCUUCUUGUCCCUGACCACAUACCAAAGCCUCCUUACGCUGAGUCCGGCGUGUUACCUGAUAUCUCACCUGACUUCCAGAUUCCUUCCCCUGAAGGCCUUGUCAAAAUGAGAGCUGCUUGCGAGCUAGCUGCUCGGGUUCUAAACUUUGCAGGGACUUUGGUUAAACCAUCUGUUACGACUAAUGAAAUAGACAAAGCUGUGCAUGAUAUGAUUGUUGAAGCUGGUGCUUAUCCUUCACCUCUUGGAUACGGUGGUUUUCCUAAGAGUGUGUGUACUUCGGUUAACGAGUGUAUGUGUCAUGGGAUACCUGAUUCUCGCCAGCUUCAGAGUGGGGAUAUAAUUAACAUUGAUGUUACGGUUUACUUGGAUGGUUACCAUGGAGAUACAUCAAGAACUUUCUUCUGUGGAGAGGUUGACGAAGGUUUUAAACGACUUGUGAAGGUUACGGAGGAAUGCUUGGAGAAAGGUAUAGCCGUGUGUAAAGAUGGAGCAAGCUUCAAGAAAAUAGGCAAGAGAAUCAGUGAGCACGCAGAGAAGUACGGCUACAACGUCGUGGAGCGGUUUGUUGGGCAUGGUGUUGGACCAGUGUUUCACUCUGAACCUCUCAUUUAUCAUUACCGAAAUGAUGAGCCUGGACAUAUGGUUGAGGGACAAACUUUCACAAUUGUAACUAGUAACAAGUUGUUGGUGGUUGCAAUUCGGCGUUGCAGAACCGAUUCUAACGAUUGGAACCACGGAAUGUGUAACAUGGCCAGACAACUGGACUACUCUAACAGCUGAUGGUGGUGUAGCAGCACAGUUUGAACAUACAAUUCUGAUUACUUGGAGCGGUUCAGAGAUUCUUACCAUAUGCUGAAACUAUUCACUUUUUUGAUUCAUUCUUUUACCGCUCCCCUCUCUGUCAAAUUGCUGACUUCUUCAGGUCCCGUCAUGGAGACAUGGACCAUGAAAUGAAUAGAAUAUAAUUGGGUGUGUGUAGUCGUGGACCUUUCUCUCUGUUUAUUGAUCUCUUGACUGGUCUAUUUAAUUAAUUUAAUGGGCCUAAAGUUGGGCUUUAAGAUAA